AUGGUCAUCGGGGGGUCGGAGAAUGGCCUGGAGGAAGAGCAGGUUGAGGGGGUGUCUGGGGGUGUGGACGGCCUGACCAGCGGAGACCCGUCGGUGGAGGGAAGCCCCUCGCACAGUUCCGACCCAGAAAACUUCUCUGUGAGAGACAAGGAUCAGUCAAGCAGCCACGAGGACGGCAGCCCGAGGCCUGGGCGGAGGAACACGGAGGAGCCAGAGCGAGCUGGGAUCAGCCCAACCGGAUCGCAAGACUGGGAUGGACCAAGGGAGCUGGAGGUGGUCACUGAAGGAGGGGAGCGCACCGUUCGUUCCACUCAGGCACUUCCUGUGGGCACCACAUGGGGUCCUUUCCCAGGGAAGAUUGAGAGGACCACCGGAGGAAAUGAUGCGGUCCCCGUGGUGCUGAGCGGGGGUCCCAGAUGGCUCUCGGACCUGAGUUGGCUGCCAGCCGAGGACACCAAGAACAACUGCAUCGUUUACAGCAAAGGUGGCCAGCUCUGGUGCACUACAACCAAUCCUCUGCUAGAGCGUGAGAUGCUCCAGGCCUCUACGGUGGACAUCUCCUUGCAGCCGUACGCGCCGGGCCAGGCCCACUGCGGCGAGGGGAUGUACCCCGCGCGCCUGCUGGACUCCAUCCAGCUCCUUCCCCAGCAGGCCGCCAUGGCCUCCAUCCUCCCCAACGCCAUCGUCAACAAGGACAUCUUCCCUUGCAAGGCGUGUGGAAUCUGGUUCCGCAGCGAGAGGAACCUGCAGGCUCACCUCAUGUACUACUGCAGCGGGCGUCAGAGGGACGCCGACACCAUGGUGGCAGAGAGGAACAACAAGAACGGCAGCCAUGGCAACUCCCGCCCCUGCCCCUUCCCACAAUGCAACAUGAGCUUCCCUGGCACCAAUGCCCUGGAGAUGCACUUGCUCACUCACACAACCCGGUCAGAGGAUCCAGUGUCGACCGGCGCUGGCCUGAAAUGCACCAUCUGCAGCCACACGGCGGACACUCUCAUGAGCCUCCAGCAGCACAUCCUGUCUCACCUGUCCCAGGUGGGCCUCAGGUGUGACCACUGCAACUUCUGCUUCCAGUCUCCCGCCGAGCUCGCCAGGCACCAGGACAUGCACGGCCACGGCGGCGUGAAGACUCCCCGGGAGGGAGACGCCCGCUCCGCCUCCAUCGGCAGCACGGGCAGCCCGCAGGCCGGCCACAAGCCGGAGCAUCCGUUCAGGAAAGAGGCCCGUCAGAGCCCGGCUCACAGCAAAGAGGCCAACGCCGGCGCCGACUCCAGUUGCACAGAGCGAGAACAAUCCACCCUGAGGACGGAGGGCAACUCGGGAAGCCAGACCGGCUUCUCCUACGCCAGGGUCAAGUCCGAGCCGUCCAGUCCCCGGCAGGCGUCGUCCCCCGUCCAGCCCAACAUCACGCCCGCCUUUCCCAUGGGGCCCUUCGUGCCGCACGUUCCGUUCCCGCAGGACAUCACGGCGGCGCCGCAGGCCUCGGAGAUCCUGGCGAAAAUGUCCGAGCUCGUCCACCGCAGGCUGCGUCACGGAGGAGGCGGGAACUACCCUCCGAUGGUGUACAGCAACCUCGUGCCGAAAGGGGCGACGUGCUUCGAGUGCAACAUCACCUUCAGCAACCUGGACAACUACCUGGUCCACAAGAAGCACUACUGCAACAGUCGCUGGCAGCAGCAGGUGACGAAGCAGCACGAGUUCUCCAAUCUCCUGGAACAGGUCUCGGACGCCGCCAGUCCGAGGAACGGCAGCAGCCUGGCCAGCAUGCUGAACGCCCAUCCACCCGAACUCAAAGGUCACCAAGUAGACCCCACCCGGCUGCCCACGUCCAUGUUUGACCCUUUCCUAGUCGGGGGCAAGCUGCCAGAUGACCACUCGCCUCAGGCUAAAAAGGCCUCCACUCCGACGGGCGCAGAGGAGAGACCGAACGGCAUUCAGGCGGACUUGAAAAGCCCCAAAAUAUCUCCGGUGGAAAACGAACUGGACCCGAACCACGGGACCACGUGUGCCGCCUGCAACAUCACGUUUAGCCGCCAGGAGACGUUCAUGGUACACAAGCAGUACUACUGCGCCACCAGGCACGACCCGCCCAUGAAGCGCGCCAACGCCAUGAAAGGCCCCGCAGCUCAGAAGUCCGUGCGGGCGCGCAAGAGGAGAAAGGCUUACGAGAUGACCGCGCCCGACCAGGACCACAUGCCAACCAUGCCACCGCCGCCUUUCCUUGGCAUCCCCACGCUUGGCGGACCUUGCAUCACCCAGCAGGCAAUGGACACUUUCCGAGAUCAGUUCCAUAUGAGGUACAACAUCUAUCAGAGUAUGGUUCCCAAACACCCCGAAGCAUCGCUCACGGUCACCAAAUCCGCCCUGGUCUCUAAGUGCAACGCCAUUACCAGGGAGGAACUCGAUGUGCCGAUAGAUCUAAGUAAGAAAUGCCUGCCGCAGUUGAACAAGCUCUCGCAGUCCCCCACGAGUCUCAUGGAUUACCACGAGUGUUCGGUUUGCAAGAUCAGCUUCAACAAAGUGGAGGACUAUCUCGCCCACAAACAGAACUUCUGUCCCGGUACCACUGUGGACAGCAAGCUACUGCUGGACAUUAAAAAGGAAAGUUGCAAUCCAGACAUAAGCACUAAGAGUGUCGAGACAUACAACAAGACUGGCUCUCCUGACAUCAAAUCCCAGAAUGCACUUGUCCACCCUGUGAAAGCCGGGGUGCCGUCUGAUGAGAACGCCCCAGUGAAGGAGGAGACUAAGGACACGUUCAUGUCCCCCGGUGGCUAUCCAGGGAUGAUCAAGAAGAUGCGGACGGACGAACAGAUCUGGCCCUAUUACGAAAUCAAAGCCGCGGACUACGCCACCGGGAUGCUGAUGAUGCCCAACGAUCAGCGCGAGCACAGGAAGAGUCCGAACGAAGGCAGCGAAGGGGAGAAAGACCAGCCCGUUCCCGACCAGGCCCAAAACCCGCUGCCCAAAAACAAGAGCAAGACGCUCGACGUGAACGGCUACCAUAAAACGGAGGAAAAACCCGCAGACGUCGGGAAGCCGAGUAGCUCGCCACCUCGGGAGGAGCCUUCUUCUACGUCUGACCCAGAGAGCCCCGUCCAGCCCAAGGACGAGAGCUCAUCUCCUCUCCACAUGUCCAAGACAGAAGAGGGGCCCCCGGCUGUGAAGAGGGGCGCAAACGGAUCCAUCUCUUCAGGCAACGUGAAGUAUUGUCGCCCCUGUGACAUACAAUUCAACAACCUGUCAAAUUUUAUCACGCACAAGAAGUUCUACUGCUCGUCUCACACGGCUGAACAUGUGAAAUAACUUUUUCAAAAAAGCACUGACUUGUGACCUUUCUCCCCACUGGUUUACAUGGAAACACAGCUGAUGGACAAUCAACAGAAGCAUCUCUCAUUCAAUAAGUUUAAAAGAAAAAAAAUGAAAUGAAAUGACAAAAAAACAUGUUUGUUGAAAGAGUAUUUGUGUGUAUUUUUGUUCUCGCCUUUUGUGAUGUAUUUAUUUAUUUUAAAAGAAUGUUUCCAGUAUUAAGUACUCAUUUAAUGAGGUUUCUAGAAAAAAGAUCUUUGUAACAUCAAAGUCCCACAGACAAAUAAGUUAUUGAGAAUGGAAAAUGUAACUGAAAAACACAUGACGCAGAUCAAAUUACAGAUGCUCUGCUGUCCUUUCCACAGAAAGACAACACAGGUUUGCUAUAUUUUUACAACAUGAAUACUGGUAAUAUAUCUUUGAUUUGGGAAUGAUAGUAAAUACUUGAUAUUAUGAUUAAAAAAAAAGAUUUUCUCUACUUUUGUGACUGUUCUAGUUCAUGUUGUUUAUUUAAACUUGAAAAUGUGUUGCUCAUGCAAGACAUUCAUAUACCUUUAUGUGCGUUUGCUGAUUUGUCAACCUUUUUUUGUAAAUCGUUGCUUUUAAGGCAAUACUUUUAUGAAGAUGAACAAUUUUUAAGACCGUAUCAUGAAGGAGUGACUAUGGUUGUUCUUUGGAGCCCUCGAAGAAAUUGACUGGAUAAAAAAAUCUUUACUUGUACUGUUAAGCCAGUGGGUUCUUGUAUGGAAGAAAUGUUUUUGUUUGUAUUCAAGGUCCUUAAAUGCAGGAGAAAAAUAUGUCGUUGAAAAUGUGUUGCUAUGCAUGUUCAUGUAUGGAAUGAAAUUCCAGAAAUGUUGGACAUUUUAUUUUAUUUUAUUUUAUUUUAUUUCUUGUGGUGUCCAAAUUAAAGAUCUGAUC